UUUUUCUUUUAGAAUAAUUAGGCAAUUUUUUAUGGAAUGUUGAAUACAACAUGGACAAAAAGCAAAUUUGUACAAUUUUCUUACUCCAGUUCAAGCUAGGCCGAAAAGCUGCUGAUACAGCUCGCAAUAUCAAUGAUGUGUUUGGCCCAGGAACCACUAAUGAACAUACUGCACAAUGGUGGUUCAAGAAAUUUUGUAGCGGUGACGAGGGUCUUGAAGAUGAUAAGCGUACUGGUCAGCCAUCGGAUAUUGACAAUGAUGAACUAAGAGCCUUAGUGGAAGCCAAUCCACGCACAACUGUUCGAGAGCUUGCUUCUGAAUUGGAUGUAACGUAUACGACAAUUUCCAACCACUUGAAAGAGAUUGGAAAAACAAAAAUACUUGAGAAAUGGGUGCCACAUGAAUUGAACGACAACCAAAAAAAUAACCGCCAUUUUGAAGUGUUGCCUUCCCUUAUUUUACGCAAUAAGAAUGACUCAUUUCUCGACCAGAUUGUGGCUUGCAAUAAAAAGUGGAUUCUUUAUGACAACCAGAAACGCUCAGCUCAGUGGUUGGAUGCCGAUGAAGCUCCACAGCACUUCCCGAAACCAAAGUUACACCAAAAGAAGGUCAUGGUGACUGUUCGGUGAUCUGCGGCUGGUCUCAUCCAUCACAGCUUUUUGGAACCAAGCGAAACCAUUACAGCAGAGAAGUACUGUCAACAAAUGGAUGGAAUGCAUAAGAAACUCUGACAAUAACAGUCAGCAUUGGUCAAUAGAAAAGGACCAAUUCUUCUCCACGGCAAUGCUCGUCUGUAUGUCGCACAACUGACCCUGCAGAAGUUGAAUGAAUUGGGCUAUAAAACUUUAUCUCAUCAGCCAUACUCACCAGACCUCUCACCUUCUGACUACCUCUUUUUCAAGCAUCCCGACAACUUCCUGCAUGAGAAAUGCUUCAAAAACCAAGACAAUGCCAAACAUGCCUACAACAACUUCAUUGCCACCAG